AUGACAACACGGGGCGAUGUCGACAUGGCCGACGUGGGUGCAAAAAGGCAGGAUGCGCACGAUGACGCGGAUUUACUACAGACAACGCACAGCGACGCGUUCGCGUUCUCUGAUACUGAGAUGUUAGCCCUACAGCUCUACGACCAGCUCAAGGAACUGGAGCUGCAGCAGAGCCUCCUACAAGCGCAACAAGCAGGCACUGUAGCACAAGCGCAUGACUUGUCGGCGCUCCCAGAUGACUUGGUGGAGGAGCGCCUGACCAUAGCGCAGCGCGAGGCUAUGGAAGCGAAGACAGAGUACGAGAUCAGGAACAGAAUCACGCACAACGUACUGGUCAUGGAUCCGGUACGGAAAGCUGUCCAUGGGGGCGAGCGGACUCGAUUCGCCGAAAAGCGCCUGCUCCCACUCGUGACGGAAAACGACACAGUCGCCAUGACCCAUGGUGCUCAAACGGGCAGGCUUGCUUCUACCACACGUGCUCUGAGUGCAGCAGAACAAGGAAACAUGGUUGCGAACCAGAAGAACCGGGAGCUGGCACAGACCAUGCUUGCUUUGGCCGAAGAAAUGAAGGCGCAAUCAGUGCAGGAUAUCGAAGACGCGCAGCUGCGCAGCCAGGUGGAUGCUGCCGAGAAGCAGCUUGCAGAAUCGAGACGAAGAGUGAAGACGCUCAAGGGGGUGUUGUCAGGGAUGAUUGUGGGAAGUGGGAUCAACUGGGCUGCAGACGAGGGCUUGACGGAGCUGGUGAUGGAUGACGAGGAGGACGGGUGAGGGCGUGGGGAUAGGGCAGGAUAGAUAGAGGCGGAUGCAUGGUGCAGGCGCGGGGGGCAGGGACAGGCCGAAGUGUGAUUGCUGUCGUGUUGAAAUGGAAGCUGGGCCAGAUGCGUGCCACCAA